GAAGACGACCCUCUCAAUAUGCGUGACUUGGGUCGCCACCUAGAGUCCUGCCGCAGCCACCGGGCCUGUCACCGCGAUCUCCCCGAGCUCCCGCCCAGCGUCAGCAGCACCCGCGAGCUUCCCGAGGAGCCAGGGAGCGCGCGCGACUUCCACCACUGCUGCGAGCACGAAGCGAGGACGUACAACUCGUGUGACUCGCGGGGAGCUACCAGGGAGCCAAGGGACCCCAGAAAGCGGCGGCGGCUGGACUCGCUCCGAGAGGAGGGCGUCGUCACUGCCGUCAUGGUCCGCACUGUGUCCGACUCUUCUUCAGCAGGAGAAGAAGAGCCUCGUCGGUUGUUACCACUCCUUGAGGACGGCGUCUUUGAUGAGCGUCCGUCUUCCCAGGCCUCGCAAGUCUCGGCUAGGACAGUCACUUCCAUGGCGUCUGUCGCAUCUGUUCAUGGCACUGGUCUCACUGCCAUGUCCAGACAGGUAUCCCAGAGAUCACACAGGCCGUCAUCCACAUCUACACUGCCGCGAAGACCAAAGUCCCUCAACCUCUCCUUCCACACAGUUGUCUUUGAAAAGGGCCAUGGCAAGAAGGGGCUUGGAUUCUCUAUUGUAGGAGGAAGGGACUCUCCCAAAGGGAACAUUGGCAUCUUCGUAAAGACAAUCUUCCCAAGUGGACAAGCAGCGGAAGAAGGAACACUUAAAGAAGGGGAUGAGAUUUUUGCUGUGAAUGGAGAGAGCUUGGCAGGGGCAAGUCAUGCAGAAGCCAUUGCCAUGUUCAAAGCCAUCCGCACUGGCAAAGUCGUGCUGCAUGUGGGCCGUCGUGCAACUUCAAAGAAAAGAGCCCACAAGACUAAGUCUUUUGAUGACCUUGAUAAAUUUGAAGAAUGAGGAUGAACUGCCCGAGGAUCUGCAUACGUCAGAUGUAGCUGAUGGGAUGAAUGCAAAUUUUUUGAUAGAAUGUAUAAAUGUGUC